AUGUGGAAAGGUCAAGGUGUUGACAAACAAACAUCACGACGCAGUCACCCCUGGACCAUAGCGGGUCCAGAAAAGUUGUCUCCAGCACCCAGUCGGUCUACUUCCAAUAUCCGCACUCCAACGCCGACGCCGGGGGCUACCUCCCCGGCUGGUGAAGAAGCAGGUGCCGAAACUAGACGGGAAGAACCCGUGGAAAGUCGUGAUUUGCCAAACGGUACUGCUCAAGGGGGCCCGGAAGAGCGAGGCUUACAGCCGCAGACUGCGACUCUAAGACGUCUUCGGACAAUUGGCCGUCGGUUCAAGCGGCGCUUCCAUGCCAAACCAAGGGAGUGGAGAUUACCUCGGAUAGGGCUACGAAUCACUUACGUUCAUAGGGCUGACAUCGGGAGCGAUGCAUUUGCUUCGGCCUCCGUAACAGAGGCGUCUUCAGGUCAGGAACGAUCAGAUAACGCCGAAGAGCUAGUCAACGGAACAGGAGAUGAUACAGAGGACAGACAUGCGCCCCUUCGUGCACGACGGCGCGAGUUAACGCUUGAGAGAGAAAGAGAAGUCGCAUCGAUUCCCAAGUGCGAGUGCGGUCAUGAGUGUCCCUGCAUGAGCGGUUCCCAUGUUGUCCAAGUCGACAGAGCCGAAACGCCUGAGAAUAUUUACGUCCCUGGUUACCUCUUUCCCCACCAUUAUUCAUCCACAGGAAGCAGCAACAGCCAACCUUCUCAAAACGGUGCACAAGGACUGGAUUUUCUCCACAUCGGCGGUCACUUCGACUCACCGCGGAGGUCGUCAAGUGCUGAUGAAUCAAGCUCCGCUGCGGAAAGUGGUCCGAGACGAAUAAGGCUCAGUCAAGGUUCAACACUAUGGAGCAAUGCAAGCUCUGUCUCCUUACGGGCCAGGCGACCACUUGUUGGUCGAGCUUCUAGCAUGCCUGUUGGCACUCGUGCCCAAUAUCUUGCUGGCGCUCGGACUAGCUCGAAUACGAACGGCUCAACCCCAGGCUCUGGCUGGCCUGAGACCGCCAGAGCUCCUGGAUCGCUCGACGAGGGAAGCAUACUUGGACGUACAAGCCACACGGAAUCCUCCCGGAAUGGCGAAAGCCAAUCGCACCAAAGCUCUAUAAGCCUCGCGAAUCUCCCUGAUCCUCAAGAAGAGGAGCAAAUGGUUGACGGUGUGAGCCCUGCGAGCGCCACACCAUUGCGGGACGGCGACGAAGUUACUCCAACACCACACAGCGGCAUCGGCUUAAACGGGGACUCGAAUGGAGUGGCGCCAGUGGGCUCGCAUGAGCUGUCAAGUGCUUUACAGGAUCUUGGGAAUCAAGAAAUAACAGCUGAUGAGGAUCACUCGCCAGAAUCUCUAGCUAACGACCGCUCUGGCUGA